UUCGCUUUGGUUUCUUGAAAAACACCCUGGCGCUUUAAAACAACAGUGUGGUUAGAAAAGAGGAUAAUGGUUUAUUUUGAAUGCUAGAAUAUUCUGUAAAAAAAAAUACUCGGAAGUAAUUUGCCAGCGCGCAUUUAAACCAGCAUUUGGAUCAUUUUAGCCUAUUGAAAUAAAACGAAUCAGACUACGUAAGCCCAAUUUGAGCAUUGCACACUUCUGUAACAACCUCGACAAAAGGGAUCAAGCUUUAACCGUCCUCGUGGAUCAAUCACACUCCAUCCAGCCAGAUACCAAAAGGGCUGUUGCCAAAUGGGUGCCCAUCGAGGUGAGGGACGGAGGGACUGGCUUCAACAAGAUGCUGUUGAACAGCCGCCCAUACAAACUAUGAAUCCAUGGAACAUCAUGAUAAAGCACAGACAGGUCUACCGCCGGGGCAGACGCUCACAGAUGACCAUGAGCUACACAGACCCUGUUAUAUCCAUGGACCUCUUGCGAACAGUUCUACAGCCCAGCUUCAAUGAGGACAUUAUGGGAGUCUUCAGAAAAUACAUGAAGUUUUUCGAGAAAGCAGCCAGAAACGUGAAGGAGAACUUCGAAGAGGACGUCCAGACCGAGCAGCUGAUCCGAGAAGCCUGCAGAAACUGCUUGGAAAAUGCCAAACAGCUCUUCUCAGACGGGGAGAAAUCGGCAGUGGCAAGACCCGGCCCUGAGCCUCAAGUCAAGCGGGUGAAGCUGGAGGAUGAGUCCAGUCAAAGAUCCAGCCCUGUUCCAAAGAAGCGGAAAGGGCGCAUGACAGCUCCUGUCGGGUCCACUUUCAAGCCUACUAUGUAUAGUAAUGUGCCUAAGCCCAAGACAUCGGAGUCCGUAAAGCGUGAGGGACCUAAGUGGGACCCUUCCAGACUGAAUGAAGGGAGCACAUUUGUUCUUGGGUCCAGAGCAAAUAAAGCUUUAGGAAUGGGUGGCACCAGAGGAAGGAUUUACAUCAAACAUGCUGACCUCUUCAAGUAUGCUGCCGAUGCCCAGGACAAACACUGGUUGGCAGAGAGACAGCAUAUGAGAGCUACAGGUGGAAAGAUGGCCUAUCUCCUUAUUGAAGAGGAUGUCCAGGACCUUUCUCUGAGUAAUGAUUACAAAGAUUGCCCUGACCUGAAAAUGACGCCAGUUGAGUUGAAGCCUUUCACAGUUCCCGGGUGGAUGAUUGAGAAGAUGCAGAAGGCCAUGGAGGUCCAGAGUUCAGGGAAGGAGUAGAGUCCUAGUCUACCUUGGCAAAUGGCACCUUAUUUCCUCGCCUAUAUAAUACAUUACUGCUGACCAGAGCCCUGUUGGCCCUGGACAUAGGUAGUGUGCUAAAGGGAAUAGGGUGCCAUUUUGUGGGCGGCAGGUAGCCUUGCGGUUAAAAGCAAUGGGCCAGUAACCAAAAGGUCACUGGUUUGAAUCCCUGAGCCGACUAGGUGAGAAAUCUGUCAAUGUGCCCUUGAGCAAGACACUUAACCCUAAUUGCUUCUGUAAGAGUCUGCUAAAUGACUCAAAUGUAAAAUGUCCAUUUCUGAUACAGCUGUAGAAAACCACGGAAAUAAUGAAUAUAUCAAUCGUAUCAAAUCACGAGCGACUGUACAAGAGUGCCAAUGUCUUUUUUGCCCGUGUGGCUUUGGAUCUCAUUGUAUACCAUUACAGAUUUUUAUUUUUAAUGUUUAUUUUUAUUUUUAUAGAUAUAUUAUAAAUGUAACUUUUAUUUAACUAGCCAAGUCAGUAAUUGAUCAGUUCUAUUUGAUUAAGAAAUGCCCCCCCUUCCUUUUUUUUUCUUAAUUAAAAAACAAAACACUCCUUACAGUACUCUGAUGGUUAAAAGGGGCUCUUUGGCAGCCUAUGGCCCCUUGGUAAUAGAACGGUUCUUGGGGCCAGGGGGGGUGCCUCCACCCACAUUGAAUAUAAGGAGUUCAAUAAAGAGUUACUGUUCUUGUAAAAUCAGUAAUUUUGUUUUCCCAUCUUCAACUGUAUUCUCAAUUUUAUAUUGUAAUAUUUUUUUAUUUUAUUUAUUUCACCUUUAUUUAACCAGGUAGGCAAGUUGAGAACAAGUUCUCAUUUACAAUUGCGACCUGGCCAAGAUAAAGCAAAGCAGUUCGACAGAUACAACGACACAGAGUUACACAUGGAGUAAAACAAACAUACAGUCAAUAAUACAGUAUAAACAAGUCUAUAUACAAUGUGAGCAAAUUUAGGUGAGACGGGAGGUAAAGGCAAAAAAGGCCAUGGUGGCAAAGUAAAUACAAUAUAGCAAGUAAAACACUGGAAUGGUAGUUUUGCAAUGGAAGAAUGUGCAAAGUAGAAAUAAAAAUAAUGGGGUGCAAAGGAGCAAAAUAAAUAAAUUAAUGAAAUACAGUUGGGAAAGAGGUAGUUGUUUGGGCUAAAUUAUAGGUGGGCUAUGUACAGGUGCAGUAAUCUGUAAGAUGCUCUGACAGUUGGUGCUUAAAGCUAGUGAGGGAGAUAAGUGUUUCCAGUUUCAGAGAUUUUUGUAGUUCGUUCCAGUCAUUGGCAGCAGAGAACUGGAAGGAGAGGCGGCCAAAGAAAGAAUUGGUUUUGGGGGUGACUAGAGAGAUAUACCUGCUGGAGCGUGUGCUACAGGUGGGAGAUGCUAUGGUGACCAGCGAGCUGAGAUAAGGGGGACUUUACCUAGCAGGGUCUUGUAGAUGACAUGGAGCCAGUGGGUUUGGCGACGAGUAUGAAGCGAGGGCCAGCCAACGAGAGCGUACAGGUCGCAAUGGUGGGUAGUAUAUGGGGCUUUGGUGACAAAACGGAUUGCACUGUGAUAGACUGCAUCCAAUUUGUUGAGUAGGGUAUUGGAGGCUAUUUUGUAAAUGACAUCGCCAAAGUCGAGGAUUGGUAGGAUGGUCAGUUUUACAAGGGUAUGUUUGGCAGCAUGAGUGAAGGAUGCUUUGUUGCGAAAUAGGAAGCCAAUUCUAGAUUUAACUUUGGAUUGGAGAUGUUUGAUAUGGGUCUGGAAGGAGAGUUUACAGUCUAACCAGACACCUAAGUAUUUGUAGUAGUCCAUAUUCUAAGUCAGAGCCGUCCAGAGUAGUGAUGUUGGACAGGCGGGUAGGUGCAGGUAGCGAUCGGUUGAAGAGCAUGCAUUUAGUUUUACUUGUAUUUAAGAGCAAUUGGAGGCCACGGAAGGAGAGUUGUAUGGCAUUGAAGCUUGCCUGGAGGGUUGUUAACACAGUGUCCAAAGAAGGGCCGGAAGUAUACAGAAUGGUGUUGUCUGCGUAGAGGUGGAUCAGGGACUCACCAGCAGCAAGAGCGACCUCAUUGAUGUAUACAGAGAAGAGAGUCGGUCCAAGAAUUGAACCCUGUGACACCCCCAUAGAGACUGCCAGAGGUCCGGACAGCAGACUCUCCGAUUUGACACACUGAACUCUAUCAGAGAAGUAGUUGGUGAACCAGGCGAGGCAAUCAUUUGAGAAACCAAGGCUGUCGAGUCUGCCGAUGAGGAUGUGGUGGUUGACAGAGUCGAAAGCCUUGGCCAGAUCAAUGAAUACGGCUGCACAGUAAUGUUUCUUAUCGAUGGCGGUUAAGAUAUCGUUUAGGACCUUGAGCGUGGCUGAGGUGCACCCAUGACCAGCUCUGAAACCAGAUUGCAUAGCAGAGAAGGUAUGGUGAGAUUCGAAAUGGUCGGUAAUCUGUUUGUUGACUUGGCUUUCGAAGACCUUAGAAAGGCAUGGUAGGAUAGAUAUAGGUCUGUAGCAGUUUGGGUCAAGAGUGUCCCCCCCUUUGAAGAGGGGGAUGACCGCAGCUGCUUUCCAAUCUUUGGGAAUCUCAGACGACACGAAAGAGAGGUUGAACAGGCUAGUAUGUUUCUACAAUGUCAGGUGCUUUUCUGCCAUUGUACUUCAUGGCAUAUAGACCAUGAUGAACUUUUAGACCAUAUACUUUUUUUCUAGUGAAGAUAUGAAUCAACCUUAUUCGCUAAGAAAUAAAGGUUUUGAUUUGUCUAUGUCUGAUUUACUCAG